CCUCUACCCGAAAGGGAGGUGUUUACUCUCUGCCAAAAGCCAUCGUUUUCUCUGAAAUCUGCAUGUGAAAGUUUGGUGAAGAAAGAGGAGAGAUCUGUGUGAUUGCUUUUAAAACGGUGCCGUUCCUUUUUCUCUUUUUUUUCUUCUUCUUGAUUUCUCUGUUCUUCUGUGGCUGAUGAGGUCACACUAACAACAACAAUGCCCACUUGCCUCCUCUUUUUUUCACUCUCAUCAAUCUCUACUCCCUCUCUCAUCUUUAAUGGGGAACAAGUUCUCAUCUUUAGUGUACAAGUUCCACAAAUUUUGAUACUUUAGCUUCUUCACUUGUAAACAGAGCUCCAAAGUUUCCAUUUUUAACUUCUCCCCAUUUGGGUUUUUUUCAAUUUCACUAAUUUGGUUUGAUUUGGGAACUUCUUUCUUUGUAGUGGGUUGUUUCUGAGAUUUGAGAACUCAAAAAGUUGUAAUUUUUAGGGCUCGUUUGUGACAAUUAAAGCUAUUGCCAUAGCUUGUUUAAACAAAAUCACUUGGAAUUUGGAAAGUUGGGGAAGAUUUGGUUUCAAAAUGAGAUACAAUUCGAUUUGGUUCUUGUGCAAGAUUGCGAGGAGGAAAGACACAAAGCUCUUCUUCUUCUUCUUCUGAAAUAAAUGACGACGACGACUACUACUACUACGACAAGGGUUUCUUCUUCUGCUUCAACUCGGAAUCGAAUUCUGAAAGAUGCAAAUGGAGACAUCGGUGAGCAUCUUCGUAACCACAUCCAUUUGACCAAUUGUAUUCACUUGAAGAACCAUAUGCAUAAGCAGAGUCCGGUUUUAACUGACCGUGCCUUAAUGAGAGACCUCAUUGUUCUCCAAAGGUCACGCUCGCUUAGAGAUCCUUCUGCGAGCCCUCCUGCUUGGAACACGCCUCCUUCGGUUGUUGAUUUGCUUCCCAAGAAAGGAGAUCAUGUGGAAGGAGGGAGAAGAUCUAUUGAUCAUAAGAAGUCUGGUCGUAGGCUGUCUGCUUUGAGUGGUUCUUCACCUGUUGUUAAUUUUGGGACGUCUAAAGUGACUCCUUCUGAUGAAAGGUCGGGUCCGGUUAGUGUUGAAAGGGACAGUGGUAGGAGAGUUAAGAGAGAGGAAUCUAGUAGAAAGAGUUAUAGAGUUGGGGAUGAUUAUCAAAAUGUGAAUGAGGUUGUUUCUCAUGGUGUUGCCUCGGGUAAUUCGGGAUCAAAAGCUAGUAGGAGGCUUAGCAGGGUUAAUGAUGCUAUUGUUAAGACACUAUCUGAUCAGCUAAAUGAGGUUGUUGUGGGUGAUAGUGAUGAUGUGGUUUCAUCUAAUGUUCGUCCACGGGUUAGGUAUGGAGGUGGAGUUGGUGGUAGUAAUACUCGGGGAUGCACGGGUGGAAUGAGUCGGCCUAAAAGACGGAAAUUUAGAGGGACGAGGAGAGUUCGUGGUAAGAGUAGAGAUACUGGUGGUGGUAAGAGUGAGAUGUCUGUUGCUUCCAACACAUUGCCUCAAGGUGAGAAGCAUGAGGUAGAGAAAGAGGGAUUUGGGGAACAGAACAUGACUAAGGCUUGUGGGAUUCCGUUUAAUUGGUCGAGAAUUCAUCACCGAGGGAAAACUUUUCUCGAUAAGGCGGGUAGAAGUUUGUCUUGUGGUAUGUCUGAUUCAAGAGGAAGAAAAGGUGAAACCAGUGCAAGAAAUGGAUCUGAUAUGAUGAUGAUACAAUCUGAUGAAGAAUCAAGCUCCUUUAUCCACUCUGAUGGUGAAGCGCUUCCCUUACUAGUUGAUAGUGGAGAGAAUGAAGGUUGGGUGCACGAUUACUCAGGGGAGCUCGGGAUUUUUGCAGACAAUCUGCUCAAGAACGAAGAAGAUUCUGACCUUGCUUCAGAAGGAAGGUCAGGGGAGAAAAAACACAAAAAGAAGAGCCAUAUAAAUGCUCGGCAUCGACAUCAGCAACAGCAUCAAAGUCUUACGGAAAAAUAUGCGCCUAAAACAUUCCGGGAUCUCCUGGGGCAGAAUCUAGUGGUACAAGCUCUUUCUAAUGCAGUUGCUAGACGAAAGCUUGGACUUUUGUAUGUCUUUCAUGGUCCAAAUGGAACAGGAAAGACCUCUUGCGCUCGGAUAUUUGCAAGGGCUUUGAACUGUCAUUCCAUGGAACACCCAAAGCCUUGUGGCACUUGUAGUUCUUGUGUUUCACAUGAUAUGGGUAAAAGCUGGAACAUUCGGGAAGUGGGUCCUGUUGGGAACUAUGAUUUUGAGAACAUCAUGGAUUUACUGGAUGGUAAUGUGAUGGUUUCAUCUCAGUCACCUCGGGUGUUCAUAUUUGAUGAUUGUGAUACCUUGUCAUCUGAUUGUUGGAAUGCAUUGUCCAAAGUGGUAGAUCGAGCAGCGCCACGUCGUGUAGUCUUUAUCCUCGUGUGUUCGAGUCUUGAUGUGUUGCCUCAUGUGAUCAUAUCGAGGUGCCAGAAAUUCUUUUUCCCGAAACUAAAGGACGCAGAUAUAGUUUACUCGUUGCAAUGGAUUGCAUCAAAAGAAGAGGUUGAAAUAGAUAAAGAUGCAUUGAAGCUUAUUGCUUCGAGAUCAGAUGGUUCUUUAAGAGAUGCUGAGAUGACUCUUGAACAGCUGAGUUUGUUAGGACAGAGGAUCUCUGUUUCCUUAGUUCAGGAACUGGUUGGGCUUGUUUCGGAUGAGAAAUUAGUGGAUCUUCUUGAUUUAGCUUUAUCUGCAGAUACUGUAAAUACUGUGAAGAAUCUGAGAACUAUAAUGGAAACAAGUGUAGAACCAUUGGCUUUAAUGUCUCAGCUUGCAACGGUCAUAACAGAUAUUCUUGCGGGUAGUUAUGAUUUCACUAAAGAUCGGCAUAAAAGAAAGUUUUUCCGGCGACAACCAUUACCUAAAGAAGAUAUGGAAAAACUGAGACAAGCCCUUAAGACAUUAUCCGAGGCAGAGAAACAGCUGAGAGUGUCAAACGAUAAACUGACUUGGCUCACUGCCGCGUUGCUUCAAUUGGCUCCUGAUCAGAACUAUCUGCUUCAACGUUCGUCCACUGCAGAUACUAGCUUUAACCGUAGCCCAUUACCAUUAGAGAACAAUGGAGGUAGAGAAAGCUCAGAUCACCAUCUGGAUCCUUCUAGUGAUCCAGCUGGUGGAAGAAGUUCUGGAUUGGACAGAAGAAGAGGAGAUAGUAGAAAAAACCGACCCUCUGUUGAAGAAAUUUGGUUAGAGGUUAUCGAGAAGCUUCGAGUUAACAGUUUGAGAGAGUUUCUUUAUAAAGAAGGAAGAAUUGUCUCUCUUAACCUUGGAUCAGCUCCUACUGUGCAUCUAAUGUUCAGCUCGCCAUUAACCAAAUCUACAGCUGAGAAAUUUCGUGGCCAUAUUAUGCAAGCAUUUGAGGCGGUUCUUGAGUCUCCGAUCACGAUAGAGAUCAGAUGCGAGACAAAGAAAGACCCAAGAAACAACGGGCAUCAUCAUCAUCAUCACCCACCUGUGAAAGACAAAAGCCUGCCACAAUCUUUAGCACUCAUUGGCCAUGAUUACAAAAUCGAUGGAAGUGGACGAAGUGAGAUAGUUGAAGUUACUGAAUCUAAUGGACAAAGACGAAAACAACAACAACAGAAGCAAGAGGCAGAGGAGAGGACAGAGCGAGUUGGUUCUUCUGCAUUAGCCCGAGCUAGAAGAAAACAUUUGGAAGCAAGCCAGAGUCAGAACCAGAGUCAAAGCAUUGUGAGAGGUAAGGUCUCGUUGGCUCAUGUGAUCCAGCAAGCUGACGGAUGCACACUACAAAAUGGUUGGUCUAAACGCAAGGCCGUGUCUAUAGCCGAGAAGCUAGAACAAGAGAAUCUGAGACUUGAACCAAGAUCAAGAAGCUUGUUAUGCUGGAAAUCCUCAAGAGGCACACGUCGCAAGGCGACGAGGUUGAAGGUGAGAACAAGAAGAGCAAGAUCACAUUCGUUAUUGAAGCUCGUGUCGUGCGGAAAAUGCCUGUCGACUAGAUCUCCAACAAGAUAAGAAAAAAAAAAGCUUUUGUACUUUGAUCGAUCAUACGCAUGCAGAAUUUACUGCAAUCAUAAUCAGUGUAGCUUCUUGGCAGUUUUAUAAUGUUUAUGGAUAUGUUCUUACCACAAAAAAAUAAAUGGAUUAGUUUUAACUGUUCUACCAUUUGUUACGGUAAGCUUAAGAUGGAAAACGAGAUAUCUUCAAGAAUGUAGUAGCUUCAAGAA